CUUGGCGAUACGGAGGAACGGUCCGUACAAUACAUCGUCAACUUACACAGCGUUCCGUACUCGUACAAGUAGUACUAGGGCCUUCCAAGUUCCGACUACCCGCUAUAUCGUCAGCAAACCAAGAGGUCGACAAUAAGAACCCGUGCAAACUCGACACUGUUGCGACCAACUACGUGUUCUGUUGCUCACUCAUGAGCUAGGGAGCACAAGGGCAACAUCUGCAGGCAAGCAACAAACCGCAACAGCCGUUCUGCGUGCGCCUCUCGGUAUUCCGCCCGUUGCCGCACAAUGUCGCAGUCUCUAGCGCCAGAGUGCAACGAGCUCAAGGAGCGCUACGAUACCUGCUUCUUGAAAUGGUAUAGCGAGAAAUUUCUCCGGGGGGUUGGUACUAAAGACGAUAACGAGUGUGAGGCGUUGUUCAAAGACUAUAAGACCUGUUUGCGAAAAGUGCUCAAAGAGCGUGGGAUAGACAAACUUAUAGAAGAAGCCAGGGAUGACAACAGGGAGAAUGACGCAACGCUGAUGGGCAAAAAGAGGUGUAAGUGACCCGAACGCUCAAAAGGUUCUAGCCAAGUCUUUAACAAUAACAAUGAUCCUCUCGUACAGAAACUGCGUUGAGGAGCAAGUCCAUAUCUCUCUAAUUGCGCAGUUCAACCGGCAGCAUACUGCACGGUGCCGUACUAUAAGACGGUCAGUGUCUGCAGCGCUCAACCGCUUAAUGUAUGGUCGCAUCUCUACUCAGAAAUGGAAAUGAAAUAACUUGAAAGCACCGCAGGGUGUUCAGAAUGUAUACAUAACCCUAAGAAUCACCCUCCUACCUGCCAAGGUGGCUAUGUCUUGCGUCAAUACUGCGCAUGGGUACUUGUACAUGGCACUUGGUGUUGACGGAAAACGGGGAGAGUCGAGCGUUAUUGCACACAAUUGGCUAAGCGCCUUGAGUAUGUGGGUCCCAUCUGAGCAUCGCAAAUGCAGGAACAGGACCUCGGGGACAUGGUAAUACUGCUUUCUACC